AUGGCCUCGACAGGCUCUAAGAGCGUACUCAUCCUAGGCGGCAAUGGUAAAACGGCCAAGGCUCUGACCGUCCUACUCGCGAGGAAGCAACACAAGAUCUACAGUGUCGUCCGUCAGGAGAGCCAGGCUUCUGCUAUAUCAUCUCUAGGUGCUCAGCCUAUCAUAAAAGACCUCGAAAAGGCAACAGUAGAAGAACUCAGCCGCAUCAUCGAUGAGACUAAAUCCGAGAUCAUAGUAUGGGCCGCUGGAGCAGGUUACGGCGAUCCAUCCGCACCAGAACGAGUCGACCAUCAAGCUGCUGUACGAACUUACGACGCAGCAGCUCAGAGCGGUAAAGGCAAGCGCGUUAUCGUCAUUAGUGCGCUAGAUGUUCGCGACCGGAGCAAGGCAGUUCCAGAUUGGUAUAACGACGCCGACAAGGCUGGGAGCGAAAGGUUGUGGAAGGUGCUUGACCCAUACAUGCACGCGAAACUUGAAGCAGACAAAGAUCUAGUGACGAGAAAUGCAGAGCGCGAACUGAAAUGGACAAUUGGAAGGUUGAUGCGGGCAGGAUACAUUUUGGAAAGGCUGUGA